AUGACCAACCAUGAAGAGAGAGAGAGAAAGAUAGAGAUUCCCAUCGCACCCCCCCCUUUUUUAGCUCAAAAGCUGCUCGGACCACACCCCCUACAACUGCCCCACCCACGCCUCAACCUUCAACCACCCCCCGGCCUUCUCUCGCCUUCGCCUUCGCCUUCGCCUACGCAGGUUUCUCGCUCCCGUCUUUCAUCCAUGUUCGCCCCCUCGGAACACACACACCUGCUGCUCACCGACCUCACCACGCCCGUCCUCUCUCACUCGCAUAUACACACACCCCUCUCGUUUCUUUCCCUACCCUGGUCUUUUGGCCUUUUUCGCCGAUGUCUGUACCUACAGGGAUACUGCUGA